CUGCCAACCCUAAAUUCUUACGGUAGAUCACAUUUAGUGUGGCGGAUUUUUCCUUCGGGAAACUUCCCUCCUGGGAAAAAACGAAAUGACAUACCAAGAAGAAUAGAAGAAAAGAAGAGGACAGCCACCACUCCAUUUAUUUAUUAUAAGAAUGAUAGUCUUCAACUCAGUGCUCACCGUAAAAUCGUUUACGCCAUGAUGUCAUCCAAAGAGAACGACAACAAGAACAAGAGAAAGCAGGGAGAUCAACAUUCAAUGACGACCAUCAUCCCUCGAUUCCAAGCUAGAAGAAAAGAAGUGGAUUCUGGAAAGAAACCGUUAGAUAAGAAAAAAAUUGCUGAACUCUUUACAAAAAUUGAUCAGAAAGAAAUGGCUGGAAAUGCAUCUGGAAGUGUUCCAGAAGCCCACAAAGAUUCGACUAGACCGAGUUUGCUUGACGAAUUCCAAUCGUGGAACAAUGCAGCAUCCUCAUCAAACCAAAUUCCAAACUCAACAUCACUGUCUCUAUCCACAGAUUGCCCAUCGUCCUCGGCAAUGAACAUCACUCGACAGGCCAGCAACAGAUGCCGCUCAGCAUCACAUAUUGCAGCGCCUCUGACAGAAGUGAGGCAUUUCCGGAUGAACACUCCUUUCAAUCCCACCCAAUCAGAAGCGACUGUUGGAAGAAAUGCCGGCGAACAUUUGGCGAUAAACGCCCCAAGUCAUCCAAUCGAAAUCGAAUAUGACGCCCCACAAGCACCGACUCCAUCUGUCAAUAUCACACGAACGGAUGGGACAUCUCCAAACAGCAUCGAUGACAUUGUUGACAGAAUCGCCAGAGGUGACGAUUCUCGUGUAGGACAAAGUUCUACGAGAAAGAUCUCAAGACGAAAACCAAUAAGCGUCCCUGCAACGUGGAUUGACCAAACUGGAAAAAAAAUUGGAGAUGCUCAGCGAACCGUUAGAGAUCAUAUAGCUGAGAUCCUUGCAAAAAAGAAGUUGCCAUCAAUUGCGGAAACUGUGAAUCUGGGUGCAGGAAAUAUGGGGAAUCAAGAGACUCAACCUACGUCACUCUCCAGCGAUGCUAGGAGAAAUUCAUCGGAUUCUACUGUCAACAGCCGCUCUACAUCACAGAGUGUAGCCCAACCGGAAGUUUUCGCAACAUCUUCAAAUGACGGAAAUUCCUUGUUGUUGGAAAUUGUCGAAGAUACUGGUGUGGAAGACAAUUUCCGGAUGAACACUCCAAUCGGAAUGUAUAAUGAAUUUCCACAAGUUGAUAUCUUCUCUGUAUCCGAUUAUUCCCACUCACCAGCACCAAGAAGAGACGAUCAGCCUUCAACCAGCGAAUGGUAUCCAACCUCUGAAGCUCUCGAUUCCCACUCCUUCGCACCAGCAAUUAUUGGAUACAAUCGCCCUUCCAGCAGCUCUCAGAUAUCUUCAUACUCACUGCCAAAUUUGAUCCCAACUGAUGGGGCGACCCAUCAAACAACACUCUCAAUUGUUCCACCGCCGAGAAUGAUAGAAUCAAUAAUGAAAAAAGUAUCAAAUGAGAUGAAAGAGCGCGAGGAGAGUGGAAGCCUUGAUUUUGGUCCAAUUCGAGUCAAAUUAACGGCCACAGGGAAAGAGUUGGAUGAUUCGAUUUCAUUCCUCAAUAAUCUGAGAGCCCAGCUGGAGUCUGCGAAGCAAGCAGGAUCUUAUCAGCAGCUUUAA